AUAUUCAUCGCAGGCUGUUCCCAUCGUCUCUCACUGAGUCCAGUAGAUAUUCGUAUACUUUUGCUUCUCGUUGGAGGCAGCUGGAACGCACACCAAGAUGGGGCCCUUUCAGCAAUGGCAACCCGCGGUGCUCUUAGUAGCUGCUACUCUAGCAGUGCUCUUCAUAGGUUCGGCUACUGCAAACGGUGGUAGUGGCAGUUGUGCUGGGGUCAUUUGUCCUCGGCCUGCGAAUGGAUACAGCACAUGCAAGUAUGGAGAGUGCUCUUGUUCUUGCUAUGAAGGAUUCGGCGACUGCAACGGCAAAUAUUACGAUGGCUGUGAGACCGACUUGGAGACUGUGGAGAAUUGCGGCAAAUGUGGUGUAGAAUGCAAACCAAAAUAUUAUGAAAUCGCGUCGUGCGAACACGGCAAGUGCGUGUACUUGGACAAAUGUGCCGUGAUCAGGUGCGGGAAGUAUCCAAACUCCAGCUCUAAGUGCUACAAAGGCAAGUGCGAAAUUACGUGCAACCCCGGAUACGCUGACUGCAACAAGGAUAUCGAGGAUGGUUGUGAGGUGUGUCUGUAUUCAGAUGUCAAAAACUGUGGAGAAUGUGACAAUGAAUGCAAAGUCUACAAGAAGUAUGGAGGCAAACCCGUUUGCAGAGAGGGCAAGUGCGUUCAUGGAAAGUACUAGGGGACAUUCUUCCCACCUAACUGGAUGUCGGUACUAAGUGAUCGCCACUAUAGCAGUCAUAAAACUUUAGCUGCAUUUUUUUCAAAGACCAGAACACUCUAACAAGAGCGUGGAUAUAAAGUACAUGCAUCGUACUUGUUUGACGUAUGUUUUAACAAAGCUCUUAAUAAAGUGAAGACCAUCCUAUUGCAAUUCCUCAUUGCAAUUCCUCAUUGCAUUUCA